UGCAAGGGACGCCAUUGUGGCAGCCUGUGGUUGCAGGGCGCAACGAAUCUAUGAAAAUCUCUGUCUCGACGCACGUCCAAACUUAAAACUCUGGUGACUUCAUUGACAAAUAUACCGAGGCAGCAUGGAAGAGAAGGGGAUGCAGGACGAUCCCCGGUACUCCCAAAUGCUAGCCAUGAGCAACCGUGGGGGCAAGCCCAGUCCCCUCGGAGCCCCUCAGCCAGGUUCUGGAACUCCUAGUCCAAUCAUGGGCCCCCCACCGACCCCACAACAGCAGCAACACGUCCCCAUGGGUCCGGACAGCGGACCUCCACACGCAUACGGACAACCUCCACCACCCCACGUGACAUCUGGCAAUCAAGGUUACGGCAUGCCUCCUCAGCAGGGAGGUCCACCUCAGGGCUCCGUGCCCCCCCAGCCUCAGGGCUAUCCAGGAGGUCAGCCUUAUCAACAGCCGCACCCCUACACGCAGCAGGGCCCACCAGGGCCUGCGGGUGGUCAACAUGGGGGACCCGGAGGGGGACCCCAGAUGGGACCUCAUCAGGGGGCCCCACCCCCGCACCAUGGUGGGACUCCCGGGCCAGACAUGCCUUCUGAUCCAAAUUGCCAGGGUUACAGUUCCGCAAACGGACACAAUGGAUCGGGAGGCGAAGGCAAUGCGUCCACUCAGGGCAGUGGGCCGCAGAAGCCUUCCCUCCUGUCACCUCCUCAGCUGAACCAGCUGAGAGCCCAAAUCAUGGCCUACAAGCUGCUGGCUCGCAACCAGCCAGUCCCCGAGCACAUCAACUUGGCUGCACAGGGGUCUGGAGGGCCACAGGGCGUUCCUCAGGGGUCUUCGGGGGCGUAUCAUAGGCCACCCGGUGCCCCCUCGCCUUCGAUGCGCCCUUCCCCUCAGCCAGGGGGACACCCCUCUCAGCAGGGCCCAUACGGUGGAGGUCCCCAGUAUGGUCCCCCCACCAGCAGUGGGCCCCCAGGCAUGAUGGGAGGACAGCAUCCGUCGCAAGGGGUUCCUCCUCCCCACCCUCAAGUAGGGGGCCCCAUGGGUGGACAGGGAUCAUCAGGGGCUCCCACGCCCCCACCAAUGCAGGGUCCCCCACCAACGGGUCCUAGACCGGGAUCUGCGGUUCCACCUUCAAGAGGGAUGCAAGGACCUCCCAACGUGCCCUCGAUGAUGCAGGGAUGUCACCAGUUGGGCAAUGCAGGCAGCGCCACCCCACGAGAUCUUCGGGCAUUUUACUUGGCCAAGAUGCAGCAACAGAAGCAGAACAGGGUGACACCUGUGGCCAAACCGCAGGGUAUAGACCCCAUAGAAAUCUUGAAAGAGAAGGAGAACAGGCUGACCAGCCGUAUCGCCCACCGCAUCGAGGAGCUCUCCAAGUUGCCGGCAAACCUGCCCGAAGACCUGCGCAUCAAGGCCAUGAUCGAACUGCGCGCCCUGCGGUUACUCAACUUCCAGAGACAGCUUCGUGCCGAAGUUGUGCAGUGCAUGCGCCGAGACACGACCCUGGAGACCUCCCUCAACCCCAAGCUGUACAAGCGCAGCAAGAGGCAGAGCCUCCGCGAGGCCCGACUCACGGAAAAGCUGGAGAAGCAGCAGAAGCUGGAGCAGGAACGCAAGCGCCGCCAGAAGCACCAGGAGUACCUGGCGGCCGUGCUGCAGCACGGCAAGGACUUCCGAGAGUUCCACCGCUCCGUGCAGGCCAAGGUGGCGAAGGCCAACAAGGCCGUGGCGACGUUCCACGCCAACACGGAACGGGAGCAGAAGAAAGAGCAGGAGCGCAUCGAGAAGGAACGUAUGCGCAGGCUCAUGGCGGAGGAUGAAGAGGGCUACAGGAAGCUGAUCGACCAGAAGAAAGACCGUCGUCUGGCGUUCCUGCUGUCGCAGACGGACGAGUACAUCAAGAACCUCACGGACAUGGUGAAGCAGCACAAGGCGGAGCAACGCCGCAAGCUCCGCGCGAAGAAGAAGAAGAAAAAGAAGAAGCAACAGCUGGGGACUGGGGAAGGAGGUGAAGGGGCCACAGGCGAAGGGGUCGUCGAGGGGAUGAUGGACGAGAGCUCGCAGCACAGCGACCUCCGCGUCAACGUGAUAGAGACGGCAACCGGGCGGGUGAUCGACGGCAAGGAUGCUCCGCUGGCCAGCCAGCUGGAUGCCUGGCUCGAAAUGCAUCCCGGUUAUGAGGUCGCACCCAGGGAAGCGAGUGACGACGAGGACGAAGGCGAGACGGACGACUCGACUGAGUCCGAGGAGGAGAUGGAAGAACCGGCCGAGACACAUGCACCACCACCACCGCUGCCACCACAACACAAAACCAACACUGCGGACGAUCACGUCAAGAGUGUCAUUCAGUCAGCCGUGGCGGAAGACGACGAAUACAACAAAGCAGGCGGCUACCAGAACUAUUACAACAUUGCCCACGCCAUCAGAGAAGAAGUGAAGGAACAGUCCUCGCUCAUGGUCAACGGGUCCCUCAAGGAGUACCAAGUGAAGGGUCUCGAGUGGCUGGUGUCGCUCUACAACAACAACCUCAACGGGAUCCUCGCGGAUGAGAUGGGUCUCGGAAAGACCAUCCAGACCAUAGCGGUCAUCACCUACCUCAUGGAGAAGAAGAGGAUCAAUGGGCCUUACCUCAUCAUCGUUCCUCUCUCGACUUUAUCCAAUUGGAUGUUGGAAUUUGACCGCUGGGCACCAUCGGUCAUCAAGGUGUCCUACAAAGGAUCGCCCAAUGUACGACGUCAGGUCGCCCAACAGCUGCGCAGCAGCAAGUUCAACGUGCUCAUCACGACUUACGAGUACGUCAUCAAGGACAAGGCCGUAUUGGCGAAGAUUCGCUGGAAGUAUAUGAUAAUUGAUGAAGGUCAUCGAAUGAAGAACCAUCAUUGCAAACUGACCCAGAUUUUAAACACACACUACAGCGCUCCUCAUCGUCUGCUCCUAACGGGAACUCCGCUUCAGAAUAAACUGCCUGAGCUCUGGGCACUGCUCAACUUUCUACUUCCGAGCAUCUUCAAGAGCUGCAACACAUUCGAGCAGUGGUUCAAUGCUCCUUUUGCCACAACUGGUGAAAAGGUGGAACUGAACGAGGAAGAAACGAUCCUGAUUAUCCGUCGUCUGCACAAAGUCCUGCGUCCGUUCUUGCUUCGACGUCUAAAGAAGGAAGUGGAGUCGCAGCUGCCCGAAAAGGUGGAAUAUGUCGUGAAAUGCGACAUGUCUGCGUUGCAGAGAUUGCUCUACAGGCACAUGCAGAGCAAAGGAGUGCUGCUGACAGAUGGCUCGGAGAAAGACAAAAAGGGUAAAGGGGGUACCAAGACAUUGAUGAACACCAUCAUGCAACUGCGGAAGAUCUGCAACCAUCCCUUCAUGUUUCAACACAUUGAAGAGGCGUACGCGGAACACAUCGGCUGCAGCGGCGGCGUGGUCCAAGGACCCGACCUGUACCGAGUCUCGGGCAAGUUUGAACUUCUCGACCGCAUCCUGCCUAAAUUGCGCACCAAGCAGCAUCGUGUGCUGCUUUUCUGCCAGAUGACGACGUUGAUGACCAUCAUGGAGGAUUACCUAACGUACAGAGGUUACAGAUACCUGCGUCUGGACGGUACGACUAAGGCAGAGGAUCGUGGUCAGCUGUUAGAAAUGUUCAACGCCAAGGACUCGCCCUACUUCAUUUUCCUCCUGAGUACACGCGCAGGUGGCUUGGGUCUCAACCUGCAGGCCGCUGACACAGUCAUCAUUUUCGACUCUGAUUGGAAUCCGCAUCAGGACUUGCAAGCGCAAGACAGAGCCCAUCGUAUCGGGCAGAAGAACGAAGUGAGAGUCUUGCGGCUGGUCACGGUAAAUUCUGUGGAAGAGCGCAUCCUCGCUGCAGCGAAGUACAAGCUCAACCUGGACGAGAAGGUCAUCCAGGCCGGAAUGUUUGACCAGAAGUCGACGGGAACGGAGAGGAAGCAGUUCCUGCAGGCCAUCCUGACGCAGGAUGAAAACGACGAAGAGUCGGUGUUUGUCUUCCAGGAAGAGAACGAAGUUCCGGACGACGAGACCAUCAACGAGAUGAUCGCUCGCAACGAGGAAGAGCUGGACUUGUUUCAGAAAAUGGACAUUGACCGACGACGAGAAGAAGCUCGAAGCGUCAAACGAAAGCCGAGGCUCAUGGAAGAGGAUGAGCUGCCCAAAUGGCUGCUCAAGGAUGAUGCUGAGGUGGAACGCCUUACCAAUGAAGAGGAGGAAGACAAGAUAUUUGGUCGGGGAAAUCGACAAAGAAAAGAAGUGGACUACUCCGACGCGCUUACCGACAAGGAGUGGCUUCGGGCUAUCGAAGAUGGAAACUUGGAUGAGAUGGAGACGAGGAAACGCUCGCGCAAGUCAAACGUAGGAGGAAGCAGCAGCAACAGUGGAAGCGGCAACGGCGAACGCAAGCGUAAGUCGGGCAAGCAGGCCCCGGUGGAAGACGAGCCGGUGUCCAAGAAGCGUCGCGGAAGACCGCCCGUCGAAAAGGCAUCGCCGAAUCCACCCAGCCUCACGAAGCAGAUGCGAAAACUCAUCGACAUCGUCAUCAACUAUAGGGAUAGCGACGGCCGUGUGCUGAGCGAGGCGUUCAUGCAGCUGCCAUCGAAGCGCGAGCUUCCAGACUACUACGAGGUCAUAAAGAAGCCUGUUGAUCUUAAGAAAAUCAAGGCACGCAUCCGCGAACACCGUUACCGCACUCUGGACGACCUGGAGGACGACUUCAUGCUAUUGUGCAUCAACGCACAGACGUACAACGUGGAAGGGUCGCUCAUCUACGAGGAUUCCAUUGUGCUGCAGUCAGUAUUCACCAGCGCCCGCGAGCGCAUAGAAAAGGACGGUGACUUGGCGCUUGGACCCGACGACCAGGACUCCGACCUGGACGGUGCAGGGCCAUCGAGCGAACCUCCCCCCGAGGAAAGAACAAAAAAGAGAAAAAGUAGGCAAGUGAAAAGAUACAUCAGCGAUGAUGAUGACACCGAGGAAAGCGACUAGGUAGACCGAAGUGGCGCCCCCUGCAGAGUGCACUCUCCGAGAAUCGUGGUCGCGAAAGGACAGUUUUUUUCCCUUCGAGUAUCUUAUGGGUAUCAUAGGUGGUGUCUAUUUAUGAAUGGCCUUAUUUUGAUAAGGUGCGCUCUCUCUCCUCAGUAGGAACUGCCCGGAAACAUAUGUUCCAUCGUGCGGGGCCCCAACUAUGGCUCCCUCAAUCUUUUACGUUAGUCGCAACUUUGUGUCAUGUCGUCCGUGCAAGAAUUCCAUUGUUUCGUGCUUCAUUUUAACGAUAAUCGUGUGCCCGGUUCUUGUGUACGCGUGCCACAGAAGAAAUAAAAGUGGCAGAGACUGUUA